ACGUUUUUCUUUGAGUUUGACCUUCUUUUAUCUUCUCUCACCAUACACUCCACCUUCCUAUAUAUAUCUACUUCAAUCUACCAUUCUUUUCCAACUUUUUCAUUCAUUAUACACAACACUUCCCACACUUGUUUCAUUACAUAAUGCAAGAAAACCUUCAAGAACCUCGUCUUGUAUCAAGGAAGUUCUUGGCCAAACCUCAAAGAGAAGGUGUUGGUGCUCUUGUUAGAAGAAGCAUAGGAAGAUUUGAGCUGAAGUAUUUUGAUCCUUUCCUUGUCUUGGAUGAAUUCUCAGUUGCUGCUCCUGCUGGAUUUCCUGAUCAUCCACAUAGAGGAUUUGAGACUGUCACAUACAUGUUACAGGGUGCUGUAACACAUGAAGAUUUUGAAGGACACAAAGGAACAAUUGAGGCUGGUGACUUGCAGUGGAUGACUGCUGGCAGAGGGAUAGUGCACUCAGAAAUGCCUGUUGCUCAAGGAAUUCAAAAGGGUCUUCAGCUAUGGAUCAACCUUGCUUCUCAACAUAAAAUGGUUGAACCAAGGUAUCAAGAAAUGUUAAGCAAGGACAUAGUAGAAGUUAUUAAAGAUGGUAUCAUGGUUAGAGUUAUAGCAGGGGAAGCGCUUGGAAUAAAGUCUCCAAUUUACACAAAAACACCAACAAUGUAUUUGGACUUUACUCUUAAACCUGGAUCACAUUUACAACAACUUGUACCAAAAUCUUGGAAUGCUUUUGUGUACAUUUUAGAAGGAGAGGGUAUUUUUGGAAAUAAAAAAUCUCAACCUACAACCUCUCAUCAUAUUCUCCUUCUAGGUUCUGGAGAUGGUCUAGAGGCAUGGAAUAAAUCUUCUAAGGUACUUAGGUUUAUAUUGGUUGGAGGUGAACCAUUGAAUGAGCCAGUGGUACAAUUAGGACCCUUUGUGAUGAAUACUCAAGAAGAGAUUGACCAAACUAUUGAUGAUUUUGAGAACUAUACAAAUGGAUUUGAGAAAGCAAGGCAUUGGAAAUCUGAUAGUGUAGUUGGUCUAGAUUUUUGAAUUUUGUUUGAGUCACAUUUGUUGGUUUAUUUGGGAAUUAAAAAGCAAGGAAAAUAAAUAAAUAUUCCCAUUCCUUGUAGUAAGUUCUAAUGUAAAAUGUAAUAUAGUAUGAAGUAGACAAAUAAUUUAUAUUAUUUAGUAUAUAUCA